UUAGUCGUUUUUUAUUUUGUCAUUUUGUUGAUGUUUUCAAGGAUCCGAAAUUUAACCAAAAUUUCACCCAGAGGUAGAAAAAUGUAUCGUAUGAUACGACGACAACCACAAAAAGUUUUGUAUUGUCUGGAAUGCGAUAAAAGUUUUAAAUAUCCUUCAAAACUUGCCGAACAUAUGAGAACUCAUACUGGUGAAAGGCCAUAUCGAUGCGAAAUAUGUGGGGCUAGAUUUACACAAGGAAAUCCUUUAAAGCAACAAUUGCCAAUUUGCAAAGAAGUUUAUUGUAUGGAAGAACCAUAUACCAACGUUCAGAAUCGCUCAAAAUAUAAAUUUCAUUUAAAAGGUUCAAUAAUCGCAGAUCCUCGACCGCCUCGACGUGGUCGGAGAACAUUGAGGCGUGCAGAUACUGUUGAAGUUGACAAUGCUUUAGCUGAAAUGGCAGCUCCUGUUAAAAGUCUAGCAUAUUUGGAUAAAGCAAAAUUUACGAGAAAUUGUAACUUUCGAUCUUCAAAGAAUUUAGAUUGGAUUAUAAAUACUGUCGCUAAAGGAGAAAAUAUUGAUUCUGCCUGUUCGCACAAUCGUCGUAAACCGCAAAUUCAUCAGUGUGAAUAUUGUGGUCGAGUUGACAAAUAUCCUUCAAAAAUUCAGGCACAUAUGAGAACUCACACCGGUGAAAGGCCAUUUCAAUGUAGUAUAUGCGGAAUGCGUUUUGCGCAACGAACACCUAUGAGGAUGCAUGUGCGACGACAUCUUAAUCACAAGCCAUAUAUCUGUGAUAUUGAUAGUUGUACAGAGCGAUUCAUAAACGGUUCAUUACUAAAUAUGCAUCAAAAGAUGAAACAUCAUGGACAAAAAUUGGUAAUAUUUGAAUUAAAUUCUAAGUCUAAGUUGUUAAAGUAUUCUUAUUUUGACAUCCGAAUCCUUAUCAUUCAUAACAACCAUAAUGACGAUGAUUAUGAAUUUGUGAUAAUCAAUGAUGAUGAUUAUGAAUUUGUUGGUGAUGUCAUAAAAAUGUUUUAG